AUGCGCCUCCCCGUCGUCACCGCCGCAGCCAUUCUGGCACCGACUAUCACCGUCGCUGCCCCGGCUCAGGAGGGGUACCUUGCUCCUGGGGAGAACCUUUGCUCCCUCAAGUCGCCCCCGCAGCUCUGCCAGCCCAAUCCCGCGACCACGGUGGAGGAGACAGCCAAGCGCGCAUACCAGUUCUACCGCGCAUUCGUGGUCGAUGGGGAUGCAAGGCUGAUGUUUUCGCUUAUCGACAACGUUUAUAAGCAACACAAUCCUGGGUAUCGGGAUGGACCUCAAAAUAUCUGGCCGUUGUUCUGUGCCGGCCGCAAGGUCGGAAGCGAGUCCAGCACGUCCUGGUGCUUCGACGCCAGCACCAACAUGUCGUACGCUUCCUACGGCGUCGUCGACCGAUGGAGAUGGGUUGACGGCUGCGUCCACGAGCACUGGGACUCGAACGAGAAAAUGCCGGCCAAAGACAAGUGCUACAAGCUUCCCGCUUAA